UGUGUCGAACCCGUGCCAAAACGGCGGGAGCUGCGUGGAUGGUCCCAAUCGAUACCAGUGCUUAUGUGCUGGAGGCUUCAUGGGUUUCCACUGCGAGACAACUUUGAUGAAUGCAUGUCGGGCCCCUGUCUUCACGGGAGGUGCAUUGAUGGAGUGGAUGUGUAUUACUGCCAGUGUGAAUUGGGAUGGACUGGUGCCAGAUGUGAAAUGAACAUUGAUGAGUGUUCUUCCAGUCCGUGUCUGAAUGGUGGCUCCUGUGUGGACUUGGUUGAUAAAUAUGCGUGUUUCUGRCRGGAUGGAUACACUGGAAAGAACUGUGACAUUGACAUAGACGUCUGUCUAGAAACCCCCACCAAUGUCACCCUGUGUUUAAAUGGAGGGACUUGUCUCGAUGGCCAAGGCUCCAAUUUCACCUGCAGUUGUCCAGCAGGUUUCAUAGGGGACUUCUGUGAGAUGGACGUUAAUGAAUGCUGUUAAGAUCCAUGUCUCCACGGG